AUGGACCCACGGAGCUCUUUUCGCCUACCUGGCGAGAAGUUAUUCGGUGCUAAAGGACCAGCCGGGAAACCACCACACAAUUUCAAAACAUUGCGUCGAUUACACGGGCAAAACCUUGAAAGUCGUGGACUCAACGAUCUCACCGAGGCAUUUCAAACUUUUGUCACACGGGCUCGUUUUUUCAGUAUUGGAAAGCUCAGAAGAACGUGGUCUCACAGUGCGGCCGAGUUCAUGAAAUAUCGCCGUCUUUUGCCUAUGCUUUUGGCCGAUGGACAGGCUUUUGAUAAUGAUGAGACAAAUGAUGCUUUCGACGCGGUGCUUUCAUUUCAAGCAUCUCAAAAAGAUGAUCGGCGAAUCAUCGUAACGAAUAUCUCUCCGCGUGUCACCGCGUCGCAACUGCAGUCGUUUUUCUCAAAAUACGGAAAAGUCGUGCACUGUUCAUUACCCCGGGAAGAACCCAAGAAAUCCUCCCCAUUUGCGACUCUGACGAAAACUGUGAAAAAUUGUGGCACCGCAGUCAUUACGUUCAAAAAACCCGAAGAAGCAGAAAAGGCAAAAGCGGCCCCUGAUGAGGAGCUAAAGUUCUACGAUCAGAUCAUGAAAAUCACUUCGUAUGCCUCAAAAAAGAAAGGAGGAAAAGGAGUGGUGUUGAGCGACGAUAAAGACGAAUCUCGACUCUCUCGAGCCUCGUCAACUCAAUCGCUUUCUUCCCAAAUGAGCACCAGUGGAUACGAGGGAAGCGCUUUGAAUGUGGAUUUGUUGCCGCCAAAAAUCCUGGAACGAGUGAUCGCCUUUUUGCCGAUUACGGAAACGAUUCGACUCGAGCGUCUCAAUAAAAAGUGGAUGGAGGCUUCGGUGAAAUCAUGGACCCACAUCAACUCGUUACCGUUUUCCCGGGAAACGGAUGGCCGAGGACGGGGCUUCACUAAACAAAAUCCGCUUCUCACCUCGCAUCUGAAAGCAAUUUUGAGACGUGGUGGAGCUCACCUGAAAAGCGUGGAUCUUUCCGGUGUUGUGCAUCUGCUCGACGAUCGAGCACUCACGGUGAUUGCCGAGAUGUGCCCGAAUCUCAAAAGUCUCGAUCUGUCGGGUGUCUCGGCGAGUUGGCAAGCUUUCGCUGAACUCGGCGACACGUUGACCGGACUCGAGAAGAUCGCUUUCCGGGAAAUGAGCUCGAUCACUGAUAAACACAUCUGGUUCCUCGUUCGGGGAUCAGCGAAGAAUCUAAGAUUCGUAGAUUUCCGCGGCUGUCGAAGGAUUCGUGGUCGAUGUUUUCGUCUGUUUGGACACCGCCUUGAACAGUUGUACUUGGAUGGAUGCACACGAGUCGACGAAAUGGCCAUCGAGGAUUUGUGCACAAAUUCGAGUCAACUCAAAGAGCUCCGACUCAAUGACUGCUACAGGAUUACCGAUAGUUGCAUUAGCAUGAUCUCGCGUACGAUGUCAGAUUUGCAAGCGAUAACUUUAUGCGGGGAUGGGUUCAAGGAACUGUCGAGCAGUGGGCUUUCUCAUCUUUCACGCAUCACGGGUCUCGUCGAGAUUGCAUUCGAUUACAAUCCGCUUGUUUGCGACAAGCUAAUCGGGCAUCUUGUCGAAAACGCAAAAGGGCUUCGAUGUGUUUCACUCGCAAACUCAGGCUCUGAUCAAUCGAUUUCAACAGAUGGCUUGAGAAAAAUUGCAAAUCUCCGAGAGCUGGAACAGAUCGAUCUCUCCUCACUUGCCGCUGUCCGCUCACCAGUGCUCGCCGAUCUCUGUUCAAAAUGCACCAAGCUAGAGUUGAUUCAGAUGCGCAAUUGUGUUUACCUAUGCGAUGACGGGGUAGUUCACGUGAAGAAAGCACAAAAGCUGAAACAUCUUGAUCUGUCUGGCAGUAUUUUGAUCACGAGCAAUUCGAUUCAAGAAAUCAUCAAAGCAUUUCCGUCAACUACCGGCUUUUCAACAAUCACCAUCGUUGUAGGAGGAACGGUCGCCGAAACGGGAGAAUUGAGAGUGCGCGGCAGUCGCGUUGCCAUUGAUUUCAGCGAUUAUUCGGCUCUCGUCGGCAUGGCCAAUUCUCAAUCCGCCACCAGUAGCUAUAGUCUAGGUGAUAGUGAUGAUGACGUGUCUGAGGAUGACUUUGACGUAUUAACCGCUCAACGCUCUUUUUAUAUUGAUGCUGUCUGUGGGGAAGACGAUUCCCCAGUUUUGGAAAGCGAAACGGAGAUUUUGGAAUGGGCAACUAAAGAAGCCAAAAAUCUUGGUCUAAUCAAACCA